AAAUUUAGCUAUAGAAUAACAUGGUGCCAUCUGAUUUGUCCGAACCUCCGCGCUCGGAAGCUUCUAAAGUGAGGUGGUUCACAGAAGGGGAAACUCGGUGGAGGACUGGUGCUGCUAUUGCCUGGGUGAUGAUAAUUCUUCCAUGUACAUUGUUAAUAUCUUCAGCAGCAGCCUCUAUAGAUCUCUUUCAUCCUGUUAACUGGAUCUCAGAAUGCCUAUCCUUGGUUUUAAGCUUCUCAUUUUGGACAUCUGUUUGUUUUUAUUGUACUGUUAGUGUUGCAGUAUUGCUUUCCUAUGCUAAAUUCAACACAGUGAGAGAUGUAAUUCACCAAACACAAGUGGCAGCGAUCUUGUUUCCUCUUCACCCUGCCAGGAUGUUUCACAUGCUGUUGUUCACAACAUGUGGCAGUCUUUCUGCCUGGUGCUUUUUAGGAAUAAUUGGAGGAGAAGAAGACUAUUUAACCAGAUUGUGUGAAACAUCAGAGGAAUUCUGCUUGAAUGAGCACCUUGUUUUUGGAAUUCUUUUUGGAGCUUGGCUGGUAAGCACAUAUUCAAAGAUCAUGACUGGGGAUGUUGGUAAGGACCAGCUGCCAGCAAAUUUCACCAACAGAAGGAGAACUUAAAUCCGGCUGAAAUUUCGCUCAAAAACUUUGCAGCUGCCAAGGCCAGAUGGACUUGUUAAUGAGCUGGCUGUUUUCGCUGCUGCAUUCCUGAAUGAUGAUACAAAACAAUAAUGAUUAGUAGUCCAUGGUCUCAAAUUAGUAUAGGUAAUCAUACGGUUUCGAGUUCAAUUUGGAAUUAAUUUGCA